AUGGAGGCUGGUUACGCGAAUAGAGCUUCCACUAUGAUGAGUCGUCGGAAAACUCUCAGCAGGCCCGAAAGAUACCAGGCUUCCGCUCCUAUGUUGCCUGGAAAAGAAAAAGAAUCAUUUGAUGCAUGGGUAUUUUUUUCGAAAGUUGUCACAUGUUGGGCGCCCGGCGCUGUUCUAUCUUCAGUUGCCGGUCUUCACGAUGCACAAUCACAGCAAGCCUGGCGUGAAAAGAUGGCCUUAUGUUUUAUCGCCGUUCUCAUGGGUGGCAGUGUUGCAUUCUUGACCAUCGGUUUAUCAUCUGCGCUAUGUCCCCCCUCGCAGGCAAAUAAUCCGGAACUAUUUAAACGAUACGGCGAUGCACCAGGUUUCCUUGGUAUUCUUGGGUGGCAAUUUGAUGUUGUCAAUGCCUCUAGUCCUGGUGGCUUCAACUUCCAAUCCGAAGCAUCAGCGCAAAACGGACAAGACAUUACAAACAGUUUCCAGCGUGAUGCCAGCCAAAUUCCUGCCUGUCAGGAUCCAACCAUACAAAAAUUUCAGGCCAUCAAACAACCACUUUGCGAAUCUUCCCCCUCUUGUCCCCUUCAGCCAAUUGGGCAGCAGGCUUUUAAUACUUACAAAAUUGUAAAUAGUACAAAAAAGGUUGGAUACGAUUGGGGUCAAAUCAGCAACUUGACUAAUUAUUUAGUCAUCGACGGCAAUGUGCUCAAUCUUAAUCCUUACAUCAAAGCAAAUCCAAAUCCGAUCAUCGGUGAUUCGGUGGACGACGUGAUCCGUACAGUUCUGAGCGCGAACUAUUCGCAAGGAGGAAAGGAUGCUACGCGUCUGUUCUUUGGUAGAGCAAACUUGAAAGCAACCGUCAAUUGCCUCGUUCAAAAAUAUUAUGCCGGAAAUAUUGAUAAGCAGACACUCGGUUGUUUCACCUCUCAACUCUUCUUAUACGUCUCCCUCACCGUCAUCUUGGGCAUCGUCUUAAGUCGUUUUAUGAUGGCAUGCGUGUUCGAUUGGUUUAUCUCUCAUCGCCUUGCCCACAAGCCAGCUCCCUCCGCAUCUUCUCUGGCAGUUUCUGACAGUCAACCUUGGGUUCCUGGUACUCGUACCGUUAAGAAAGGGAUGACCAUGGACGAUAUUGGCAAUGAUCUGUUCACCGUCUUGCUUGUCACAUGUUAUUCUGAAGAUGAAGCUGGGAUAAGGUGCACUUGUGAGUCCAUGGCAUCCACGGACUACCCUGACGACCGUAAAUUGUUGUUCCUCAUCUGUGAUGGUAUUAUCAUUGGUAGCGGUAACGACAAGAGCACUCCCGACAUUUGUGUCGGUCUUAUGGAGCUUGAGCCCGAAUUCAAAGAUCCUCAACCCCAAAGUUACAUCGCCGUGGCUUCCGGAAUGAAACAACAUAAUAUGGCCAAAGUCUAUGCCGCAUGGAAGGACAGAAAAAUCCCCAUGAUCUGUGUUGUCAAAUGUGGUGGACCCGAUGAACAAGGAAAACCAAAACCCGGUAACCGUGGAAAACGUGACUCUCAGUUGAUUUUGAUGAACUUCUUCAGUCGUGUCACAUACAAUGAUCGCAUGAGCGCUUUGGAUUACGAUUUAUUCAGAAAAAUCCAUCACUUGAUGGGCGUCACUCCGGACUUUUUCGAAAUUGUACUCAUGGUGGACGCCGACACAAAAGUUUACCCCAACUCUUUGAAACUUUUAAUCAACUGUAUGUGCAACGACCCACUUAUCAUGGGUCUUUGCGGUGAAACUAAAAUCGCCAACAAACGUGACUCCUGGAUUACAGCAAUUCAAGCACGCAAAGGUGGUGACGAUUGGGUGCCAAUUAUCACCAAACCCGAGAUUGUACACGAAUAUUCCCAAAACGUUGUCGACACACUUCACCAAAAGAAUCUAUUAUUGCUCGCGAUCUGCAAAACCGUCGUGCCAGAUGACUUCUGGGUCUUACUUUCUCAACGCCGUCGUUGGAUUAAUUCCACCAUCCACAACCUCAUGGAACUCGUUCUCGUCAGAAAUCUUUGCGGAACUUUCUGCUUCUCUAUGCAAUUUGUCGUGUUCAUGGAUCUUGUUGGCACCGUUGUACUUCCGGUCGCCAUCUUAAUGACGUACACCUUGAUAUUCCAAUUCAUCCGAAAACCGCCAACCAACUUCACGGAAGCCAUACCGCUUCUCAUGUUAUUCAUGGUCCUUGGUUUGCCAGCCAUACUAAUAUUGAUCACAACACGAAAAUUGAUUUAUAUCGCUUGGAUGGUGGUAUAUCUCUUGGCUUUACCUGUGUGGAAUUUCAUCCUACCAACUUACGCUUAUUGGCACUUUGACGAUUUCUCUUGGGGCGAAACCAGAAAAGUUGAAGGCGAAGGCAAAGGAGACGACCACGGUAAAAAGGAGGGAACUUUUGAUGCUUCAAAGGUUCCGUUGAAACGUUGGGAAGACUGGGAACGUACUCGCCUCAGAAGGAUAAAACGACAAGAACGUCAAAGAGAACAACAGAAUGCAAACAUGCCGAUACAUUUGACGCAUCAAGUGGUAACGGGCGAAGAAGACCAAAAUAAUGCUUUACUCGCGUCACAUUAUGACGGAGAAUACUACGAAACAGCCUCGGUACACUCCCAAACAUCGGAAUACGGCCAGCAACAACAAUACUAUGAUUACUCGACAAACAACUCGGGAUACAUGCCGCAGCAAAAUUAUCAACAACAACCACCAUAUAACGAUGCACAUUACGGAAACACACAUCAACUACAGCGUGCCCCUUCACCGAGACCAGGUGGUAACGAUUUUUACUAG